AUGUCAAUCCUAUCUACAUCUUUUGGCUCCUUCAAAGGAAAACAUGCAGACGGCGUGAUCCAGUAUCUGGGCAUCCCGUAUGCUACUUUGAAGGACCAGCUCAGUUGUCCGGAGAUUGUGGAUGCCUAUGAGGAACUCGUCAAUGCUACCGAUUAUGGUCCGCGUGCUCCCGCCCUCGACGCCUCCAUCUUCGAGCAACAAUUCCUCAUCCAGGCCGUUAUCGACGUAACACCUUCGCCCAGGAUGUCGGGUACCGAGUGUCUGAAUCUCAACAUCACGGUUCCGUCCUCAAUCGGCCCGGCAAAAACACGAAAGCUCCCAGUCAUGGUGUUCAUUCAUGGUGGUGGAUACAUGAUGGGCAGCAAUUAUGCGCCGUACUUCGACCCCAGUCGCUUGGUAGCACUGUCCGUUGAGCUGGGAACGCCCGUGAUUGUUGUUAGCAUCAACUACCGCUUAGCCGUCCUAGGUAAUAUUACUUCCUCGGAACUCAGAUCCGCCGGAUAUCCGGGAAACAACGCACUGCGAGACCAGAAGUGCGCCUUCCAAUGGGUGAAGUCGCACAUUGAAGCGUUCGGAGGCGAUGCGGAAAACGUUACUGCUUUUGGGGUUAGCGCUGGCUCAGUCGCGGUUCUGACGCAGCUUUUCUCGACGGAGCCACUUUUCAAGCGUGCCAUUGCCAUGAGCGGAACUCCGAUGAUGCUCAAGCCACUGUCUGCUUCCACGGCAGAGGCGACAUAUCAGUGCAUUAUCAGAGCUCUGGGACUCCAAACCGCGACUGUAGCACAACGCAUUCAGCGCCUUCUCACGAUCUUGCCGGAGGAGCUGGUGGAAAAGACGCCGAUGACCGCGAAAGUUGCACCAUUUUUGGAUGGAGAUAUCCUGCCUGAAGCUAUCACUUUCGAAAAACUUACUGGCGGGAUAGAUUCUCCGGGUACGAUUUGGUGCGAAGAACUGAUGAUAGGGGACUGUCAGCAUGAUGUGCGCCUUUUGGGCGCUGAUUCAGCUACCGCCGUACUAGAAGCAUACGGCAUCACAUCCAGUAUAUCGGACGACGUCGCACUGCAGCGUGCCAUUGAUCUCGCAACAGACAUCUUAUACACCGCUCCCACCCGUGAUUACGCAUGUGCUUGGCCUGGGAAGAAAUAUGUGUACCAUUUCAACGAAGGGAAUCCGUGGGAGGGACAGUUCAAAGGAAUGGCGACGCAUAUGCUCGAUGCGGCUUUCCUGUUCCAAAACUACGAUGAAAAGAUGGGAGUGCCGGGGAGGGAUGUUGCGAGGGCUUUGGCGAAGGGUUUUAUAGCUUUUGCAAACGGAAACAUGCCAUGGCACCAAUUCAAUGGCGUCACUCCGAAUGUGAAGGUUUUUGGAGGUGGGGAGGUGGAGCGUACGGUUGGGCGCACUGGGUGGGAUGAUGAUAGGAGGAACACGUUAUUCAGGCUUGCAGAAGAGGGAAAAGUGAACUUAGAUCGACUGAGUGCCGCGUGGGACGACUUCCUUGCCGGGAAGUAG